GGGCCGGGCUCCGCCACCACGUGACCCCGCGGCCGGGCGCGGGCGCGACGGGACGCGCUGGGACCGGCGUCUGGGGUCGAGGGGGCGGCCCGGGGCGGGGGCGAUAUGGAGCGGAGGUGGGUCUUCGUGCUGCUCGACGUGCUGUGCUUGCUGGUCGCCUCUCUGCCCUUCGCCAUCCUGACGCUGGUGAAUACCCCGUACAAGCGAGGAUUUUACUGUGGAGAUGACUCCAUCCGGUACCCCUACCGUCCAGACACCAUCACCCACGGGCUCAUGGCCGGGGUCACCAUCACGGCCACUGCGGUCCUUGUGUCUGCGGGGGAAGCCUACCUGGUGUACACGGACCGCCUCUAUUCCCGCUCCGACUUCAACAACUACGCGGCGGCCCUGUACAAGGUGUUGGGGACCUUCCUGUUCGGAGCUGCCGUGAGCCAGUCACUGACAGACCUGGCCAAGUACAUGACUGGCCGUCUGCGGCCCAGCUUCCUGGCUGUCUGCGACCCCGACUGGAGCCGGGUCAACUGCUCAGUCUACGUGCAGGUGGAGAAGGUGUGCAGGGGAAGCCCCGCCAAUGUCACCGAGGCCCGGUUGUCUUUCUACUCGGGACACUCCUCCUUCGGGAUGUACUGCAUGGUGUUCUUGGCUCUCUACGUGCAGGCGCGGCUCUGUUGGAAGUGGGCGAGGCUGCUGCGGCCCACAGUUCAGUUCUUCCUGGUGGCCUUUGCACUCUACGUGGGGUACACCCGAGUGUCUGACCACAAACACCACUGGAGCGACGUCCUUGUUGGCCUCCUGCAGGGGGCGCUGGUGGCUGGCCUCACCGUCCGCUAUGUCUCAGACUUCUUCAAAGCCCGGCCCCCGCAGCACUGCCCGGAGGAGGAGGAGCUGGAGCGGAAGCCCAGCCUGUCGCUGACGCUGACCCUGGGCGAGGCUGACCGCAACCACUAUGGGUGCGGUGGCCUUGAAGGCCAGGACCACCAUGAUGGUUUCACCAAGACAGUGGAACAGCCACAGUAAAUGCAGCUCCAAAUGUGGACUGCUGGAGGCCACGGCCUGUGGGAGGUGGCAUCUCUCACUGUUUGGUGCUCAUCAUCUGGACACUUCACCCGCCGUCUGCACUGAUGGGAAGAGCAGAGAUGCAGCGCCAGGCCCGGCGAUCCUUACGGAUUCCCAACACCAAAAUGCAGGCCUGUUGGAAGUUGGGACACGUUUCUCCACCCACGUGGCUCUACAGGGAAGCGCUCAUGCAUAAUUUUAGGUUUAUACUGCCCACACCCUUAUGGCUUUAUGGAAAAAAUAAUUUUUUCCCUUCAUUGUACAAAGAAGAUACUUCUUUUGUGGUUUCUCGCAGGAAACUCAUAGACGCUCGGCCGUGUAAAUAUUGUUUCUCAUGGGCAUGUGCUCGUGGCCCAGCAUCCCUGCCUUCUGAGCUUUAUUGGUUCUUGGAAAACCCCUCCUAAGUAUUUGAUGAUAUGCAGGAAUUUCUGUUGAGUUUUUUAGGUACAAUAUGUUAUUGUGCUUUUAUGGAUCAUGUGUGCUUUUUAUAG